AUGUCCAGACUCCUCUGCAGACGAUUCCCCGCCCGGGCCCUUCUUCAAGCCCGGCCAGCGCUCCCGACCCGGAGCUAUGCGUCGGCAUCUCCAGCUGUGCAGUUCGACUGGGAGGACCCGCUCGGAGCAAAGGACCUGUUGACGGAGGAGGAGCUCGCAGUCUCCGAAACGGCUGAGCGGUAUUGCCAGGAGCAAUUGCUUCCCCGAGUACUACAGGCAUACCGCGAUGAGCACUACGAUCCAAAGAUCCUCCGGGAGAUGGGCGAGCUGGGUCUCCUGGGAGCCAACCUUCAGGGGUAUGGAUGUGCUGGAGUGUCG